AUGACCUUGUUUGAAAACGUCACCCGGGCCCUGGCCAGACAGCUAAACCCUCGAGGGGACCUGACACCCCUCGACAGCCUCAUCGACUUCCAGCGCUUCCAUCCCUUCUGCCUGGUGCUGCGGAAGAGGAAGAGCACGCUCUUCUGGGGUGCCCGGUUCGUCCGCACAGACUACACACUCCUGGACGUGCUGGAGCCGGGCAGCGCACCCUCAGAUCCAACAGACACGGGCAAAUUUAGCUUUAAAAAUAUGCUGGAUGCCCGAGUAGAGGGAGAGGUGGACGUGCCGAAGACCGUCAAGGUGACGGGGGCCGCAGGGAUGUCCCGGAGCAGCACCCUGGAGGUCCAGACCCUCAGCGUGUCUCCCAAGGCCCUGGAGAGCUUGCACCAGGAGAGGAAGCUGACGGCAGAGCACCCCUUCCUGAAGGAGAUGCAGAAUCGAGGGGAGAACCUGUAUGUGGUGAUGGAGGUGGUGGAGACGGUCCAGGAGGUCACCCUGGAGAGAGCUGGCAAGGCAGAGGGGUGCUUCUCCCUCCCGUUCUUCGCCCCACUGGGGCUACAGGGGUCCGUGAACCACAAGGAGGCCAUAACCAUCCCCAAGGGCUGCAUCCUGGCCUUUCGAGUGAGACAGCUGAUGGUCAAAGGCAAAGAUAAGUGGGAUAUUCCACACAUCUACAACGACAACAUGCAAACCUUCCCUCCCGGAGGCGAAAAGCCAGAAGAGGAAAAGUUUAUCCUUAUCCAGGCAUCUGAUGCUGGGGAGGUACAUGAGGACUUCAAGACACUAAAAGAAGAGGUUCAAAGAGAGACCCAAGAAGUGGAGAAGCUGAGCCAAACAGGGAAAAGCUCCCUGCUCAGCUCCCUCAGCAAACUUCUAGGGAAGAAAAAGGAACUACAAGACCUGGAACUCACACUUGAAGGGGCUCUAGACAAAGGACAUGAAGUGAGCCUGGAAGCGCUCCCGAAAGAUGUCCUCCUCUCCAAGGAUGUCAUGGGCGCCAUCCUCUAUUUCCUGGGCGCCCUCUCAGAGCUGAGUGAAGUACAACAGAAGCUACUGGUAAAAUCCAUGGAGAAAAAGAUUCUACCUGUGCAGCUAAAGCUGGUGGAGACCACAAUGGAACAGAAUUUCCUCCGGGAUAAAGAGGGGGUGUUCUCCCUGCGCCCUCAGCAGCUCUCCUCCCUUGGAGAAGAAGAACUGACCCUGACCGAGGCCCUUGUGGGGCUGAGCGGCCUGGAGUUACAGAGAUCAGGCCCUGAGUACACGUGGGACCCAGACACGCUGCCUCGCCUCUGUGCCCUGUACGCUGGCCUCUCCUUCCUGCAGCUACUGACCGAGGCUUCCUAACUUACUGUCUGCUUCCUGCUUCCCUAAAGCCUUCCCUACCUCGCUCUACAGUGUUAUGAACACCUCAGGCAUUCCAGAGCCAUCAGGCCAGGGAUGGAAACCCUAGUGACCACCCCAGAUAAUACACUUCCACCUGUCCAACCCCAUAUCACCCCCACUCCUGCAGUGCCACAACCAGAUAAGCCUUCUCUGCAUAGGCUUACUCCUCCAAGAGUAGAAAUACUCAUGCUUUUCAGACUAAAUAAGGGCAUUUCAGCAAA